UGUACAGUUGUUGCGGAAACCUAUUUUAGAUCUAAUUUUAAAGAAUGUCGACUGUGACGUGCUUGGUAACAAUACCACACGUCGACGUCAGGCGCAAAUGCCGGUUAGAAGAUGGCGCGCUAUCAGCACUGAGGGCUGCGAUUGCUGGGUCGAGCAUUUUGGCGCCCUACGUGGAGGACAGUGACAGGUUUCCGAUCUUUGACGCAGAUUUUAACCAGUAUGUGGAACUCGAUGAAUGCGACGAAAUCCCAGAUAUGUCUACUGACCAACUUGGAAGCAUGCUAUGUUCUACAUCUGCACCAGCUACUGUCGUUCCUGCCUUGGAACCUGAAGCAAGUACCAGUGGGGCUUGGUCAAUUGAAAUCGUCACGAAAAGGGUGCCCUUGUGCUCGAAGGAGAAGAUAGUACCAGUACCGAGCAUCACGAGAGCUGGGUCAUUAAGGAAAGCAAGAGCGACUUCCCGAACGAGGAGCUAA